AUGUCUGCCAAAAUCCCAAUCAUUGUCGGAGCUGCCGACUACAAGAAUAGAUCCAAAGAUGUUGUAGAUGCCCUGGAACCUGCAGAACUUAUGGCGAGAGCCAUUGAUGCUGCUUUGGAUGAUGCUGGCAGCAGCAAGAUCCGUCAAUCUGUUGAUUCCAUAGAUUGUGUCAUCAACUGGGGAUGGCCUUACUCUGACUUGCCUGGACAGUUGGCUAAAAGAUUGGGACUCAACCCAUUAAAGCACAAAGAUCUCUCUGGAAUGAAUGGUGCUGAACCAAACCGAUUGUUGGAUGAAGCUGCUCGUCGAAUCGCGUAUGGAGAGACUACUGUCGAAGUGGUUACUGGUGGAGAGGCUCUUGCUUCGUUGGAGGCCUUCCAAAAGGCCAAGAAAUUCCCUCCUCCAUGGACACCUUCCGACAACACACCUACUGAAACUUUCAAGGUCAGCAACAGACCAAGAGCCAAAGACCUAUUGCAAAGACACGGCUUCAUGGUACCCUCUCAAGGCUACUGUCUCUAUGAAAACGCAUACAGAGCACACCGAAACCAAUCUAUACAAGCAAACCAUGACGAAUCCGUUGAAUUGUAUGCCGACUUUGCUCAAAUCGCUAAAAAGCAUCCCGCUGCUUGGAAUUACGGAACAGCUGAAACUAAACAGACCAUUGGAACCUUUUCAGGAAAGAACAGGAUGAUUCAAUUCCCAUACCCAUUGUUGAUGAAUGCAUUCAACUCUGUCAAUUUGGCUGGUGCUGUGGUGCUGACUUCUACAGAAGCUGCAAAGGCCAUGGGAAUCCCUGAAUCCAAGUGGGUUUAUAUUUACGGUGCUGCUGGAACACAAGAUAGUGGAAACAUUCUAUUACGUCCAAACUACAUCGAAAGCCCCGCUUUGACACGGGCUUUGCAGACUACGAUGAAGGUCGCUGGUGUGACUCCAUCAGAUUUGGAUGCAGUUGAUAUUUACUCAUGCUUCCCAAUUGUACCCAAGCUUGCCUGCGCCCAACUGGGUCUCCCAGUUCUGAAUGGUCCCAAACCCGUGACAUUAUUGGGCGGUUUGACUAGUUUCGGUGGUGCUGGUAACAGCUACUCUAUGCAUGCUCUAGUCGCCAUGUCUAAGAGCAUUCGCGAAGGCAAAUACCGUAAAGGCUUAGUAUUAGCAAACGGUGGAUGGCUUACAUACGAAUGGGCUGUAGUCUUGGCCAAGACUCCAAGAACUGAUGGUGUACCAUACACCACAAAAGCCGCACUUCCAAAAGAGGUCACUGAUGUGCCUAUACCUCCCAUUGCUGAGGUUGCUAAUGGUGCUUGUGUUGUCGAGUCUUACACUGUCCAAUACAGUCGCGACAACAAACCAGAACUCGCCAUCAUUGUUGGAAGACUCAAUGCAACUGGUGAACGAUUCAUUGCAAAUGAAGCCAAUGAGCAAACGCUUAAAGAGUUUGUUUCGAGUCGUGAACCAGUUGGCCGUGCUGGUAUUGUGACAUCUCGAAAUGAUACUCAAAUCAAUAUGUUUUCGUUUGGAUCUUCUAGUUUGUAA